AUGAACAUGCUUGAAGCCAACAUGCGUAAGGUUAGCGACAGCGUUAACAACACUGUGCGAUUGGUGGCGGAAUUUGGGGACGAAUCUGCGAAAGAUGUGAAACUGUACACCGAACUUGUCAAGCGGCUUUGUGUAAUCGAUAGUAAAAUGAACAAUCAUCGAAAAGCAUUAGCUGAAUCCAACCGUGAGCAGUGUGUGGAAAGCUUCGAUAGGCGCUACAAUGCAGGUAUUGACAAAAAGAAUCCCCAAGUACACGGUCACAAACGAUACAAGGAUUUUUUGGAAUAUGCCAACCCACUGCUGAAUCCAACGAUGAGAGCAUCCGCGCGAGAGCAAGAUAGUGAUGCUGAUUUGAUCAUAGAGGAUAACGAUGAUCAAUUAAUCGAUCCUAUUACAAAACGUCCGCUAGAGGUGCCAGUGCGCAAUAAGCAGUGCAACCACGUGUACGAAAAACACGCGAUCGAAGAAAUGUUGAAACUAAAUCCGAGGACACGUUGUCCGGUGAUGGGAUGUGCUGCGCAAGAAUACGUUCAACCGAAGUUUCUUGAGAUCGAUGUUAGGCUGCAGCAGCAACUGAUUCAAGGUCGUGCGCUCCGGUAGAAAUAAU